GAAUUUGACGUUGACGAACACAUUACAAACAUCUCAUCGUACCGACUGUCAUUCUUUGAAAAGUUAGUUCUCUGCCGUGGUUUGAAAUUCUCCAUCGCUCAACCUGUGCCAGCUCGUGAUGUAAAAGCCAGCUUUGAAAAAGCUUACUGGCGACUUGAACCCACAUUACCGGAGGACCAAAAAGAAUUAGCCGCCGCGACUCUUCGCUCGAUUGCCCUGAAUUAUAUUCAAAGGAGAGGCCCAAGACCACCCAAAGCACUGCAACAAGCCAUAAAUCAGCUUAGACGAAGGGAAGACAUUGUCAUUACAAAACCCGACAAAGGAUCUGGCGUAGUAGUAAUGGACAAGACAGAGUACAUCCGUCUACUAAGUGAUGCUUCCAUCAAAGACACAACGAAGUUCACCCCUAUCAACACAGAAAGACCAAAAACACGCGGCCGGCCUCCUAAACACUACCAUCCCUUACUACAAAAAGAAAAACAGCUGGAGUCCGUCGUCAGAAAAAUCCUGCCAAAGCCGAUUGCUGACACAGUUUGUCGCAAAGGUUCCCGGCUUGCUCACCUUUAUGGUCUUCCAAAGACUCACAAACAGCAACUAUCAAUGCGACCGAUACUAUCAUCGACUGGGACCUACAACUUCGCCCUGGCCAAGUGGCUUGAAGAGAAGCUUAAGCCCCUUUCAUUAAAUCAGCACACUAUCUGCGAUAUCUUCUCCUUCGCCGAAGUGAUAAGGGAAACACCACUCAACCCGAAUGACAUUCUCGUGUCGUAUGACGUAUGUGCUUUAUUUACCAACGUGCCACUCGACGAGACUAUUGAGAUCAUCGCUGAAAAAGCCUUUAAAAACAACUGGUUUAAUGAAACGCAUGGUCUCAACCUCACAAAGACAGGUCUUACCGAACUUUUAAGAAUAGCAACCAAAGAUCAGCUAUUUCAGUUCGACGGUCAACUUUAUGAGCAGGUGGACGGUGUGGCCAUGGGCUCGCCCCUGGGACCCCUUAUGGCAAACGUUUUCCUGUGCUCCAUUGAAGAACAACUGGAUCGCAACAACAAGUUACCAAGUUUCUACAAAAGGUACGUCGAUGACACAUUAGCCACGAUGCCAAAUAUUCAAGCCGCAACAGCUUUCCUUUCAACAUUGAACGAAUGCCAUCCUGCCAUACAGUUCACAAUGGAAAUUGCUGAAAACAACAAGCUUCCAUUCCUCGGUAUGAUGAUUGAGAAAAACGGUUGCCACCUGACAACAAGCGUAUAUCAUAAACCAACUGAUACAGGACUGCUCUUACAUUACCAGAGCCAUGUCGAUCAGCGUUACAAAAGAUCUCUGCUGAAUACAAUGCUGAACCGAGCUUACCGCCUGUCAUCAACGAAAGAAUCUUUUACGAAGGAAUGCCAGCAUCUCAAGCGG